GUUAUGUGGAUAUCCUCCGUUUUACGAUGAAAAUGAUGCCAAGUUGUUUGAGCAGAUUCUGAAAGCAGAGUAUGAAUUUGACUCUCCAUACUGGGAUGACAUCUCAGACUCAGCCAAAGACUUUAUCUGUCACUUGAUGGAGAAAGAGCCUUUGAAGAGGUACACAUGUGAGCAGGCCCUCCAGCAUCCAUGGAUCUGUGGAGACACAGCUCUGGACAAGAAUAUCCAUGAAUCUGUCAGCGCUCAAAUCAAGAAGAACUUUGCCAAAAGUAAAUGGAAGCAAGCAUUUAAUGCCACAGCGGUAGUGCGCCACAUGCGGAAGUUGCAGCUGGGCACUAGUCUCGAGGGACCCAGUCAGAUUACUCCCACCAGUCCCUGCCAUGGACAUCUGCUCCCAGAGGAAGAGGAGGAGGAGGAUGAUGAUUUGGGCAAUGGGGAGGAGGAGAGCCUGUCCCACUACGAGGACGGCCGUCGUGGAAGCAACGAGGGCAGCACAGAUCGGGACAGCCUGAGAAGCUGCACCUACUGCUGCAGGCCAGCCAGUCGCGUCUGAGCACAACCUCCCAUUGUCAUGGUGACAUUGUAUCCUUGGAGCGCCCAGAGCCCGCCCGCCCAGUCUGGCCAGGAAUGCAGAGUAGUUAUCAGGCAGUGUCCACCAGAGUACAUCCACAGCGAGCAGGUCACUGUAACAGUGUGGAGAAACAUACUGUAAGUCUUUGUCCCAAAAAAAUUCAAAACAUCCUGACUCAAAAUACACACCUUUAUAUAUUUGUUGCAGAACAGAAUGCAAGGCUGCUUCGACUCACAGUGAUUUAAAGAAAGGGCCUGUUUGCAUGAAUAUCGUAAAAUAAACCCCCUAAGAUGUAGUUGUUGUUUGUGCAGCUAUAGCAGACACUGGUCAUUUGGAAGAGUGUACAUCAGUGGUUCUGGAUGUUAGUUUCAGGAAGGAUCCAAUCCUCUGGAUUCUCAAUCAAAGACAUGGCAGUGGCGAAAAGGCAGUCUUCUCCAUUAUUUUUGACCUCACAUUAUCUGUCACAUCUACCUCUAACCGCAAUUACUGUCUGUCUACAUCCAUCUGGCUCACACACUCUACAUUACUGGCAGCUUUCUCCAAAAGUCUGGCCAGACAGGGCACAAAGAAAUGGGGGAACGCUUUCUCGAGGGAAACAGUACUGAGCGCUACUCCUGCAUGCAUUUAUACUCUUUACCCAUCAAUGUGACUCAGUCCGGUCACUGACCAAGUAGCUGUUUAGUUGAAUAGAUCUCAAGGCAUGUCUUCACUGCCGAUGCCACCUGCCCAUUUGUUCUGUUCAAUCACUCUUUUUUCUCAUGUUAAGUGUUUCUGUCCUUUUUUAGGUAUUUACUACUUUUGUUGAAAGCUUUUUUGGAAAGUGGAGUGUGAUUCUGGGGGUUAUGGACUCUAUAUUCUGGCUCAGACUGGGUUUGUGAAGAGUGGUUCUGACUUGGAGUGUCUGCAUGCUUCUGUUGGGGAAAACAUCAAACUGUAUGAAUAUCAAAAGGAGACUUGUUUGUUUUGUUUUAUGGCUGUUCUGUUAUCAGAGGCUCAAACUGAGAUCCCCGUAAGUCCGUAUAUCACAGGAAUCUGACCUCCUGCCAUCAUGUUAGGAGGAGUUAUUUUGAAGGUGUUGAGAAUCCUCUGUGCGUGGGAAGAAAACGAUCAGGUUCCUAUCGCGCUCAUCCUCCCCAUUCUGUUCCUGGCAAGCGUCUAAAUAUCCGCCUGCUGUCAGUCUCUGGGUCUUAUGCUGAGUCGGAGGGAUCUCAGUCUGGGCGCUCCGCCUGCUCUGUGCUGUGCACCUCUAGUGGAAGAAGUUUUGGUCUACUGUUUGCAUGACCUGGUUAAAUAUGUUUACAUGAAUGAUGAUCAAUUAGUAUAAACACACAUGAUUAUUAUUACUCUGUUGUAUUGAAAAAAUGAUGUAAUACUGUAAUUUUGAGCUAUAUAAUGUGAAGUGAGUAACACCAGAAGUAAUGUUGUUGACAAAGUGCAACACAGCACAGUGGACUUAUCAUUUGCAUUGACUAUGAUGGUCAAGUCUCUACCUGAGUGACAUUUCUCCUGUACUAUGAUUAUUUACAACUCAAAUAUUAUUUUUUUCAGUCUGUUUUCUUGCUGUUGCUUAUGUAAAAUCUCUUAAGCUAUUUAUCCCUGUCAAAGCAGAAGAAAUACACAUAUCUUAAUUUAACACAGGUGCCAGCCACAGUACAAAAGAUAAAAAAAAUAAUGGGGCUUUAAACAUCACCUCGUGGGAGAAGCCCGAGCUCUACAUUUGUCCUCCUGAUGAACUACAGUACUAAAGCCAUACAGUGAAGUGGGGAUGUUUUACUGUAGAUUCAGAUAUGUUGUUAUUCUAUAAAUAUACAGCUCAGAUAAAGGAUGGCAAUGUUUUUGGGAAGAGAUUUAACAUAGAAAAGAAAAAUGAGACAAAAUUCUCCCUCUGACAACUGGCUGAAAACACUUUAAUCCUGAUAUUGAUCAUACCAUACCAUUAUUGAUUUAAGGUAUGUCAUGACAUAAUGCCGUAUCAUUAUUAGUUAGCUGUAGUGAUAGCCAACCAACCCAUUAAAAAAAUGUGUUGCCCAUAUAAAACCGGUUCCUUCAAUCUGUCAUUAAUACUUUCAGGUCCAUAGUACAGUAAAACAAGGCAAUCUCUCUGGAUUUACAUGACUGUAAUUGUGGAAAAUAUGCAAACUGUGUGUGAAGGGCUUCAUGUUAACUGUAAGAUAGCCAAUGUUGAUGACUUUGAUAACCUGGCUAUUAUUUGUUUAGUAAUGACCUUAUGUUGAACCUUACCUGGGAUUUGUUUCCACUUGGCUGUGUUUUUUUUAAAGCUUGUUUUACCCAUUACAAACACAUCUAAAUGCAUAAAGAAACACGUGUAUAUUAUAUAUAUAAAUAUAAGUAUAUAUUGUAUAUCCUUUUUUGUAAAAGCUGUUUUGAGCUACAAAUGUAUGGAUGCAAUGCAUCAUGGGUUAUUGAACAAGAUGUAAGAAAAUACAAUGAUU